AUGGUCAUUUCGCUGAAGUUGCUCAUCGUCGUGUUUCUCCUUUUUGGAUGUGUAAUCGCUAAUGAAGAACCUAGCAAGGAUUGGCUGAAUGAUACGGAUUACAUUGAUUCCACGCAUACGGUGAUUCGAUUAAAAGAAAAAGAUGACGAGCUUGCUCAUCAAAUUGCGAAACGAUACGGAAUGGUUGUUAAAGGCGAACCUUUCAUGGAGAAUCAUUACUUCUUUUAUCACGAACAGCCGGACCAUGCAUAUCGACGAAAACGGACAACUUCUGAGCAACUUGGUGAACAUCCCGCUGUGGAAUGGGUUGAAGAACAACGACCAAAAAAGCGAUCGAAACGAGAUUAUAUUCACAUCGAUGACGUGCAAGAGAAAAAAACCGGUGAAGAUUUGAUCGGAGCAACAAAACAAACGAUACAUCAUAUGGCUCGACGAAAAUCGACACUUGAAGUCCCUCAACUGCCGUGGAUCGAUCCGUUAUACAAAAAUCAGUGGUACUUGACUGGUGGGGCUGAUGGUGGAUUCGAUAUGAAUGUGCGAGAGGCUUGGUUGAUGGGAUACGCUGGCCGAAAUGUCACCGUUUCGAUACUUGAUGAUGGUAUUCAACGCGAUCAUCCCGAUCUCAUUGCCAAUUACGAUCCAAUGGCCUCCUCCGAUAUAAAUGAUCAUGACGAUGAUCCGACACCGCGAAAUAAUGGCGAUAAUAAACAUGGAACACGAUGUGCAGGAGAAGUGGCUGCUGUUGCUGGGAACAAUCAAUGCGGCGUCGGUAUUGCGUACAAAGCGAACAUUGGUGGAGUGCGCAUGUUGGAUGGAGCUGUCUUUGAUUCGGUUGAAGCGGCCGCUCUCUCAUUGAAUCAAAACCACAUCGACAUCUAUUCAGCGAGUUGGGGACCAGAAGAUGAUGGGCAAACAUUUGAUGGACCGGGACCGCUCGCACGAGAAGCUUUCCAUCGGGGAAUAAAGAGUGGACGAAAUGGAAAGGGGAAUAUCUUCGUUUGGGCAAGCGGAAAUGGUGGAUCAAGACAAGAUUCAUGUUCCGCCGAUGGUUACACAACUUCCAUCUACACUUUAUCCAUUUCUUCAGCAACUUCGGAUAAUCGUGAGCCAUGGUACUUGGAGGAAUGUCCCUCAUCGAUUGCCACCACAUAUUCAUCGGCAGCCAUGAGUCAACCUGCAGUGGUUACCGUUGAUGUGCCAACAGGUUGCACAAUGUCACAUACGGGAACUUCAGCAUCUGCACCACUGGCGGCUGGAAUUAUUGCACUUGCUCUUGAAGCAAAUUCGAAACUUACGUGGCGUGAUGUGCAACAUCUUGUCGUGCGAACAGCCAAUCCGAAGCCUCUUCUCAGCACCGCGGGAUGGUCAACAAAUGGAGUUGGUCGAAAAGUGAGCAGCAAAUUUGGAUAUGGAUUGAUGGAUGGAGCAGCUCUUGUGAAAAUGGCAAAAACUUGGAAGAAAGCUCCUGAACAAAAUCUUUGCAUCUAUGAGUACAAAUUGAAUCGACCAAAUCCACGUCCGGUAUCCGGCCGUUUUCGAAUGAAUUUCACGAUCGAAGUGACCGGAUGUCAAAUAGGGACGCCAGUGUUGUAUCUAGAACAUGUACAGGUGCUUUCCACCAUUCAAUACGGAAGACGCGGUGAUUUGAAAUUGACGCUAAUCUCACCGGCUGGGACUCGAUCGAUACUUCUUCCACCCCGUCCAUUUGACUACAACUCAAACGGAUUCCAAAAAUGGCCAUUCCUUUCCGUUCAACAAUGGGGCGAAGAUCCACGGGGCACAUGGGUGUUGAUCGUUGAAUCGGUCACGGACAAUCCGAAGCUGAAAGGAACGAUUGAAGAUUGGUCUCUUUUGUUGUACGGAACCGCUGAACCGGCCCAAUCGGGCGAUCCAAGCCAUAACGCAGCACCACAAUCAUCUGUUGAAUAUGCCGUUUCUGGAUUGACAGCUCAGGAUCGAAUCCCUCCGUAUCGUCGAGCUGCACAAGGGGAAUCGACUCAGAAUGGAAUGUCUCCAAUGAAAUUUCUUGCAAUUUGUGUCUACUUGAUUCUGUUACUUGUGUUGGCGGCC